AUCUGCUUUGACAAUUCUGAUUGCCACUGUUUAUCGGGUGUAUUCAUUUCGUUACUGCACCUGCAGGAAUGAAUCUGUUUCUUGUUUAUGGAAUCUUUGUCUUUACCGUGUGCAUCGUGUCAGCGUCCAAACAACUGAAAUGCGGGAAACCUCCUUUGUCUUCCAAGACGGUGGAAAUGACGACUUCGAAUAAGAAACGAAAGUCGAUGUAUUCAGAAGGAACCGAGGUGACGUACGAUUGUCCUGUCAAUUACCGUCUGGUCGGGGUGAAGCGUCGACGAUGCAAAAGCGGACAAUGGCGACCAAAAGAUGGCAAAACGUCGUGUAAGUUAGUCGGAUGUUCGAUGUUUCCGAAUGUCAGCAACAGUGUAGCUGUCUCAGAGACAGAGAAACCACCUUUUCCAUUUGGUUCAGUUGUAAAUUACACAUGUAACGAGCACUACAAGCUGAAGCGGCUGAGCACCCUGACGUGCCGCAAGUCGGGAAAAUGGCUGCAACAGGGAAUUAAAAAGCCUUCUUGUAUUUUCACUGGUUGUGGUCACCCUCCUGACCCACCGAACCCAAAUGGACAUGCUCAACUACCUCACGAUGGGGACGUAUUUCCGGUAGGAACAAUAGUCAACUACACGUGUCCUGAGGGUAAUCAUUUGCACGGAAUACCUUUUCGAAUAUGCACAAAAAACAGAGAGUGGAAACCUGAUACAAGAUAUCAUGAAUGCAAGCCUGGUGUGGCUACAUGUUCCUAUCGUUGGUAUUUAGUAGAUUUACUGCAAUUGCUAGAUCUUGGUUCCGAGUUAAGAGAUAAUUCGACUGUAAUAACACAAGUCCUCUCCUUUGCACAUGGACAGGAAGCUUACCAUUCGUGUCAUGAUGGAUUUGAUCUUGUGGGGUCUCCCGUGAGAACGUGUGUAGCUGUAAGUGAUAACACCACGUCUUGGACGGGAGUAUCUCCAAUCUGCAAGGAUCGAUUCAAGAAAACAGAUGAUCUCGCCGCUCAACUCAGAGAAACGUUUAUAGACCGAAAUUUGAAGUGCGAGCCUCAAAAUAGCAGCGAUGAAAACAAUACGGUAACCACAGGAAGUAGCACGUUUUGUCACGGACGCACCGUAGUUGUAGGAGACGGAUGUGUUGAUCUUAUUUAUGCAUUGGACUGUUCUCUUAGCAUUACUGAAGAGGGAUUUAACGUAAGUAAAGAGUUCAUGAUCAAGUCGGUGAGGCUCUUUCGAGUAGAGAAUGGAAAAGAAAGAAUUGCGCUAGUGACUUAUGAUCAGAAAGUUCACCCACAAUUCGCAUUUGGCAAUGAACUUAACCCAGACUUCAAUUGUAGCGAUCUCAAACCAAAAUUCAAUUGUAGCGAUCUCACCACGACUGCAGGUACCUUGAAGAGGAUCAGAAAGACACCCUUCUGCGGUGGAGCGACUUCAGCAACAAGGCUGCUUGUUUAUAUAAACGAAACAAUUAUUCCCAAGGCAAAAAUUGGCUGCAAGAUAGCUAUAUUUAUAAUUUCCGACGGUAAAAACAACUGGGGAGGUAAUCCGGAUAAAAUUGCUUCUAGUCUUAAAAAGAUAGAAAACUUGGAAAUUUUUACCGUGGCUUUUGGAGCAAACAAAUUAGGCUGGGAGUCUCUCAAGAAGUUAUCUUCCGGGGAAGAGCAUUUCAUUCCCGUGAGAAACGCGGAAGAUGUAACAAAGGCAGUUGACAGAGCAAUAGAAGUACCCAACGAUUACGGCGGUAUUUGUGGGCUGGCUGUGUCCAAAUAUAAUGCCUGCAGAGACGCUUUAUCCGACCAUUGCAGGAGUGCUCCUGGAGCUUGGCCUUGGCUUGUAAGCUUGUACAUUCUUGCUGACAAGAGGAGUCGACCAGAAUUUGUAUGCGGUGCGGCGUUAGUUGGAGAUUGCUGGAUUCUCACUGCUGCUCAUUGCCUUUACGGCAGAAAAGCUCUUCAUUGGUUCGUUGUUUUAGGCAAUAGUGAUCGCCACAUCAAUGAAGGAACAGAGACAACUUACAUCGUCAUCAAAAUUCUUAUCCAUCCUAAGUACAAUCCGCAAACUCUCGAGUUUGAUGUGGCACUGUUGAUGAUAGGUUGCAAAGUGUCGUAUUCUCCAUUUGUCAAAAAGAUUUGUCUUCCAAAUUGCACGAGUGACCAGUAUUUGUAUCGUCCUGGCACUCAAUGCACAGUUGCAGGUUGGGGCGCUACUGAUCUCGACAGUGACAGCAGCACAUUUCGUCUCUCUACACAUUUGAAACAUUUUCAACUUCCUAUAGCAGACCUGCAGCGUUGUCAGAAUUCGUCUACCUUUGCAAUCACGGAUUCAUUUAUAUGCGCCGGAGACGCUACCGGACAGAAAGGGGUAUGCAAGGGUGACAGCGGAGGUCCGCUCUUCUGUGAGAGAAAGGAUGGAGCUGGUUGGGUUGUUGUGGGCGUUGUAAGUUGGGGAGAAGGGUGCAAGGAGGCUUACAAAUAUGACAUUUUUACCCACUUAUGUCAUAAAGAGAUAUGUAUAUGGAUAAGACAGCAGAUGGACUUGUAUGAUUGCUGCUCUUGUCGUGACGGUCAGGAGAUCUGUUCUUGUACUUGUCCUGACACUGAAAUCGCAAUUUAUUAGUGACUAAGUCUUUGCAAGAGACCUUGUAUGAAACUGCAGUGAACUUGUUAUGUUUAGUGACACAGAACUGUUGUCUUGCGUAGGUAUGGAAGUAUGACUAAAACUGUUGCAUCUUGUAAUAGAGCAAUUGUUUGAGACUUACUAGAACACAAUAAUGACUUAGAAAUGUAGC